UUUUUACCCACCCUUUGUACCCUAUGUUUUUCACGUUGACAACGUCACAUGCGACAUGAUGUCUAACCCAACCAUUCUACCCAACGAACUCCUUCAUCAUAUAGUGACGUUUGUGGCCUAUAUCCCAGGACCACCCAGCUGUAGACAUCUGGAGCCCUUCUAUCAAUUUACGUCCGCCGAACUAUCUUCGCUUUCUCUAGUCAACAAGUGUUUGCGGCGCAUUUGCGUGCCAUUUCUUUUCGCACACCUACAACUGAAGAGUGACCAGGACGUGAAGAAGCUCCUGGAGCACUGCUCCGCUGGGUCUUUGAUCCCAAACACUAUACGUCUCGGCGCGUUCUGUACCCGCACACAAGAGGGACAAGACCUUCUGCUUCUGUGCCGAGUUAUUUCCCAUUUACGUCAGCUCUCAUUCAUCCAUAUGAAAUGCCCACAUCCAAGCAUUGCUCUCCUUCGGACAGUUCUCGAGCAGCCCUCUGUCUCAACAGUACUGCUGAACUCGUUGCACGAUCUACCUGCAGGAUCUUUCAAUUUAGAUCUGUCAAAACUUGUCCUCGAGCAUGCAAAAUUCGAUCAUACUUCAAAACUGACUCGAUGCUUACACCGAGGCUCGGGUAUCUCAAAAUUAGACGUUGUUGGAUCCGAGCUCAACAAAAACUUUGAGCGCAGAACUUUCAAAGGCCUUCAGGAGCUCAAUUUGUCGGUGGGAUAUCAUCGUGUAUCAUACGCAUGGCUUCCUACGUUUACAUCGGCUCACCCAUACCUGAAACAGCUUUGGCUUGUAGACAAUGGAAACCGAUAUUUCAAUCAUCAUACGCCACUCUUCCUCUCUUCGUUUAUCCAGGAAUCCGUCCGUCGAGACCUUCGUGAACAUUUUGAUAUUCAUCGUGUUGGUCUGAGUCGAACGACCCAGCUCCCACUACAGUGGCAUGUUACUGGGAUGUUCAUAACCACCACAUUCGGCGGUACUCGCUUAUUCGAAAUUUUAUCCCUCAUCUCUUCCUCAUUCCCCUCAAUUGAGGUCUUGAGCCUUGACCUUGACUAUUAUGAUGAUACCUAUCAUAUUGAUGAUUUUGUCGUUGCACUCAAUAGUUUAUCGUCGCUACGAAUCUUGUACUUUCGCAACGUUCUUCGGCAGCUACAAUUUGGACUCAAAGGUCAUUUACAACCAGUGCGCAAACUUGAUCGGAAUGAUCCUUGCGCAGUAUACGCCGCCAUCGCAGAAGCUGAUUUAUUAUGGUGCACUUCUUACAUUGCGAAGCGUAUGGGAGGAUUACAGGCCUUCUAUGUCGACGAAAUGGGCUAUGAACAUGAACGAUCUGGUACUGGAGGUCAGUGGUGGCUCAAAGGGUGGAUUCGUGUGCAUGAUGAAGCGCGAGACGUUCGCGGAACACUCCGUGUUCUGCUAUCUUAACUGUUCCCUUUAGGGAAUCUCCCCUGUGACUUGUGGAGUUUUCGACUCGUAUUGCUACUUAAGUGAACAUUCAUUUUAAAGAUAGGAUAGGAAAUAGG